AUGGGCCGUACUCAAAAUCAAGACACUCAAAGCCAACAACAGUUACCUAAACUUGCCAACCUGUGUCCAGAGUUACUACGCCAAAUAUUUGGCUACUUCUGCUUACACUGCCGCGGAAAACAAGAAUACCUGACCGAUAACCCUGAACAACUUGCCCACUUACUGCGAAGAUCACGUUUUCGUGAUAUCAGUCGGGAUAUUCUUCAUCAUUUCCUACAGAAACCUUUGGUACAGAAAUCAUUGCCCCUCUUCAUAAGGACCAUCGCUUCACAGCGACAUCUUGCCUCAUCUACCAAGGCUGUCAUCUUCUAUUGCGAACAAUCUCCAAACGCGACAGAGAAUAUAGAAUCGCAUGCGAGCACUCUACCAGCUGAGCUGCUAUUUAUUCUUCUUGCCUUGUUGCCCAACUGUCCACACUUGGCUCUUAAUAUUUCAGCUCAUCAGACAUAUGACCAAAUGCAGGCAUUGGAGGUCCUUGGGGUUUCCAGUCUCCCGGUGAGAAGCCUCGAGCUUCGUGGGGACUUUGAUCUGAAAUGGCUUUCAACGCAGCUUAUACCCAUUUCACCAGGUCUCGAAACUCUGACUCUAUACACGUCACUGCCACUGCCUGAAAUAUCGAGUUUGAAGGCACUUGAGCUCAGAGGUUUUAGGUUGAGUCCCGAUCAACUCGACAAGAUCCUUCCCUCGUGUACCGGUAGUCUGAAGGCGUUCACAUAUGAAGCCACUCAUGCUACUUCCUCGCACACUGAUCAGCUUCAUCGCUGGCAAGUUCAAGCAAGCCAUAUCGUCAGUCACCUCGAGAAGCACCGCGCAAGUCUCGAGUUGCUUCAUCUUGAUCUUCGUAUCCGGGGCUUUAUGAGUCGAGACACCAAGACAGACCCAAUGCCCCACCUGGAGAACUUUGCAGCGUUACAAGAGCUGUUUCUCAACAGCAAUUCAGUGCGCAGCACUCAGAAUUUGGAGUUCCCUGACGAGAAGUCACUCACAAGUUUUCUUCCCCCAAACAUCACGUCUCUCACUCUUGUGGAACCAGAUUUCCCUCCACCCCCCGAACGUCUAAAGAAGGGGUUGUUGGGACUUGCGAAUAUUAGAAGAGAGCAGAGCCGAUUUCCCAGGCUGAAACGAGUGGCAUGCGACGCCAAGAACAUAUUCGAGGAAAGUCACACCAAAGAUUUACUCUCACAAGUUGGUACUGGGCUUCAAUACAAAGAGUUUCCAAAACCCGACUGGGCUUACGAUCGGCUAAGUUCGGUCGAUUCCCCGUUCAUCAGUAGCAUGAGAGAUGAUGAUGAAGACUUACCUGCCGCUUGGUUUCGGGAUGGUUGA